AUGUAUCUGUUUAUUUGCUUCUACCUCCUAAUGAGUUUUUUUGAAGAAAUUCAUGGCUUUUGUCCUUCACAAUGCACUUGCGUUUACCAUGGCAGAAGUGAUGGCACUGGAACAAGGUCUGUACUCUGUAAUGACCCUGACAUGUAUGAGAUCCCUGUGAAUGUUCCUGUGGAUACUGUAAAGCUUCGUAUAGAGAAAACUGUCAUACGAAGGAUUCCGACUGAAGCCUUUUACUACCUGGUAGAUCUCAAAUACCUGUGGGUCACUUACAACUGUGUCGCCAACAUUGAUAUCAGCAGCUUCUAUAACCUGAAACAGCUGCAUGAGCUGAGGCUGGAUGGUAAUCUGCUCUCAACUUUCCCUUGGGAAUCCCUGGCCGAGAUGCCCAACUUGCGGACUCUGGAUCUCCACAACAACAAGUUGACCAGCAUUCCCGCUGAUGCAGGCCGCUACCUGAGAAACCUCACUUACCUGGACCUAUCCAGCAACAAGCUGACCACCUUGCCAUCAGACCUCAUGGACAUUUGGCCCCCCUUCUCAGGAGCUAUCGUGUCCAAGAACACAGACAUUCUGGUGACACAGAGAGUAAUCUUGGGUUUUCAGGACAACCCGUGGUUUUGUGACUGUCGCAUUUCAAAGCUAAUUGAAUUUUCCAAAAUUGUGGACACCUCCGUUGUACUUCUUGAUCCGUUGGUUUCAUGCAGUGGACCUGAGAGCCUGGCAGGAAUCCUGUUCCAGAGAGCUGAGUUAGAGCAGUGUCUUAAACCAUCUGUGAUGACCUCAGCAACUAAAAUCACCUCCCCGCUGGGCAGCAACGUUCUGCUGCGCUGUGACGCCACGGGGUACCCAACACCACAGCUCACUUGGAAUAGGUCAGACAAUAUUCCAGUGAACUACACAGUAAUUCAAGAAACUCCUGGAGAGGGUGUCAGGUGGUCCAUAAUGAGCUUGACAGGAAUUUCAUACAAGGACGCAGGAGAAUACAGGUGUAAAGCCAAGAACUUGGCAGGAAUGUCAGAAGCUGCUGUGACUGUCACAGUGGUUGGUGUAGUUACUACAACUAUAUCACCACAGAAGUUUGGAAGGAAGCCAGAGGCUGAGAGGCAGAAUACAACUCAGGAGGAAUCCAAGCAGGAACCUGAGAGGACAACCACAGCUCUUCCCGUCACACCGACCACCACAGCUCUGGUGAGCACUGAAAGAUCAACCAGCAUGACAUUUACUGACAAAAAGCAAUCCAGGCUCAUGUUAGAUGGAAAGAAAGUUUCAAAGGCAGUGACAAAUGGAAGCAAAAAGCAGAUUGGAGAUUCAAGCAAGAAGGAUACUUCAUUGAGUACAGCAGGUACAGCUGAGCAAAAUGUUACUGUGAAGAACCUAAGAGUGAUCAGUGAAUCUGAUGAAAGAGUGACCUUAACUUGGAAAACUGUCAAUGCCACAGGCAAUUCUGCUGUGACUGUGUUAUAUUCCAAGUAUGGUGAGAAAGAUAUGUUGCCUCUCAGCACUGAUUCUAACAAAAACAAAGUCACAAUUGAUGGUUUGCAACCUAGUACUCAAUAUAUGGCAUGUGUCUCACCCAAAGGCGUGCCACCUACAAAAGAGCAGUGUGUUGUUUUCUCCACUGAUGGGUUAAAUGAUGAAAGCAGCUCUGAGUUUUCUAUUCUGAUAGUGGCCAGCAGUGCAGCAUGUGUGGUUGCUUUACCUUUGAUAUUUUUCUUACUCUACAAAGUUUUAAAACUUCAUUUGAAACCAAAAUCUGCCAAGGAAGCUGAACUUGCAAGAGAGACUUACGUGCAAUUUGAAACACUGUCUCUGAAGCCUCGAGCACUGGGUGCAGGAGACCAGCUCUGGGCACGCAGGUACACGGAUGAGUCAGAAAGACUUCUCCUUUGCUCUAGGUCAAGCAUGGAUUCUCAAAUGACCUUCAAAAGUGAGGGCUCCAGGUCUGAGUAUCUGUGCUGAACAUGGGUGAGGGUGGAGAUGAAAUAAAAUAAUAGGUAAAAUUAAUUCAAAAUGGUGAUGCUGCAUCUGGAAGCAGGCUGAUGCUAGACAGUGGUCAGAAUACAUUAUCUGGUGUAAUAGAGUCUUACUGGAUGGUGGUGGGUAGGAGGGGGAAUAGAAGAAAAAUGUUGCCUGUUUAUUUUCUUAUUUUUUAAGUUUGUGAUUUUGGAUGUGAAGGAGUGAUGUUCUUCCAAAGAAAAAUACAGCCUGAAAUGUUUCUAUAGUGAAAGAUUUUUUUUGUUUUAUUAAAACAUUUCUGUUUUCUCUUCUCUCGUUUUACCACAUGAUGUGCUAGUGGCAUGUAUCAAACAUGAAUCACAAUCUUCUUGGAAGUGAUGUUCUUCAACAUAAUAGGAAAACAGUUUUAACUCAUUCAAUUGUGAUCAAAGCUUUAUUUGAAUAUACAAGUUUUCUUCUGACAUCAGUUUGCGCUUCGAGGUGUCAUACAGCUGUUUGUACAGUAUCUUGGGUUGAAGUGUUCUCAGGCCAGUCAAGACAG